AUGGAAGUCCCAGGUAAAAUAGCGGAAGCAAAACAAGAUCUACAAUUUUGUGAACAUUGUCAAUUUGAAAAUGUUACAACGAAAGCAAAUGGAAUAUGUCCGGAAUGUGAGGAAUAUAUGUGCGACACCUGCUUCCGACAUCAUCUCAAGGGUAAAGGGAAUAUAAAUCAUGAACUGAUUGAUAUAAAUGAACUUGAUGUUGAUGCAAAGACAAGUGCAAAAGAAGUAGAGAAAUGUAAACAGCACGAUAAUGAGGCCAUCAAAUUCUUCUGUCGUAAACACGAAAUUGUUGGGUGUGGUGACUGCAUCAUAUUGGAUCAUAGUACAUGUAAACCCGAAUACAUAAAGGACUUAUCAAAAAACGUUCAGGAAACCGAAGAUUUUAUCAUCCUCAACAGGAAAAUCGAACAACUGGAGCGGGAGAUCAAAGCAACCUAUGAUAAUGUUCAAAAGAAUCGUAACGACUGUAAAGGGAUGCAGAAAGAAGUGCUAACUACGAUCAUAAAAUUUAGAAGGGAUAUCAAUAAUUAUCUGGAUAAGGCUGAAUUAGCUAUAAAAUCUGAAAUGAAACAACUUGUGUUCGACAACGACAGACUUCUCGAAACACUACACAGAGAUUGUGCAAAAUGUUCAUCUGCAAUAGAGAGUUUGAAGCAGAAACUUGAACCAACUGUCAAUAGAGGAAAUGUACUGUUUAUACAAACAGUACGUAGCAAAGCAAGUGUUCUGGAAAUUAAACAUGAGCUUUCAAAAACUGUACAAUCAAUAUGCGACGUCAAAGGAUAUGAAUUUGUUCCUAACCAACACUUGUCCAGUAUCAUCAAAUCAAGCGAAAAACUAGGCAAACUCAAUAUUUCGAAUAUAAAUGAACUUAAGCAUGAUGAAAUCACAAAUUUGGAAAUGAACGAUGAUACAUUAACAUUCUUAGAACCAAAGAUGCUGAAGAAGCCAGUACAACAGGAAACAGAUACAAAAACUGGUAAAAUAACAAUACCUUUUAUUGUAAUUGGUUUUUAA